UACAUUUAAAGCUCAUAAAUGUAUAUAAAACUUCAAAUUAUUUCGCCCACAACUAUCAAUUUUUAAUUUUGAAAAAAAUUAAUACUAAAUUAAUUCAUUAACACAGACAAACGACAAAAGCCUUUUCCUAGCAAGCCAAAUCGGUGUAUCCAAACAGGACCCUUCUUCCUACACAAGAAAUAACCGAUUUAAAUCCUGUCACAGGUAAGUACCAAAAAAACAAAAAAAGAAAACAAUUCUGUGAUUCCCAAAUUCUUCCCUAAAGUUUCAACUUUUUAGAAAUCAAGGGUUCUUUACAAAUUAAGGUUUUGAUUUUUCGCAAUCCCAAAUUCUUCACCAAAGGUUCAACCUUUUGGAAAUCAAGGAUUCUUUACAAGUUAGGGUUUUGAUUUUUCCCAAAAUUAGCCGAAAAGGAAAAUGAAUUUGGGGGAUUUACACAAGGUUUGGGAAAUCAAAGCAUUGAAGAGGAAACCAGGAGAAGAAGAAGCCCAAAAGAUCUUAGAAAAAAUUGCCAAACAAGUUCAACCCAUUAUGCGUAAGCACAAAUGGAGAGUAAAGCUCCUCUCAGAAUUCUGUCCAAAUAAUCAAGCUCUGCUAGGGUUGAAUGUGGGAGGUGGCGUGAACGUGAAGUUAAGGUUACGGAGACCUAACCGGGAUUGGGAUUUUUAUCCCUUUGAUCAAGUUCUUGAUACAAUGCUUCAUGAGCUUUGCCAUAAUGAUCAUGGUCCUCAUAAUGCUAGCUUUUACAAGCUUUGGGAUGAACUUAGAAAGGAAUGUGAGGAGCUCAUGGCAAAAGGUAUAAGUGGCACAGGAGAGGGGUUUGAUCUUCCUGGGAGGCGCUUGGGUGGAUUUACGCGACAACCUCCACUCUCAUCUCUUCGCCAGACUGCAUUAGCUGCAGCGGAGAACAGAGCACGUUUGGGGUCUCUAUUACCUUCUGGACCUAAACGCCUUGGUGGUGACUGCACCAUUAUGGAUGCACUUAGUCCAAUACAAGCAGCUGCAAUGGCUGCAGAAAGGAGAUUGCAAGAUGAUAUCUGGUGUGGUUCUCAUUGUUCUGAGGUUGCUGGGGUUGAAGAAAAUUGUGGUGAUACUUUGCAGGAUCAUUUGGACAUUGAGCAAAGAGCAGAGAGCUUGCGUGUCAAAGAUAUUUCUAGUGGACAUGCUCUGGCUGAAACAUCUCAUAAGCGAAGGCAUGAACCAGAUAAAAGACUUCAAUCAAUGAACAAUCAUUUAGAAUCCAGUUUUGUGGAUUUAACUACAGAUGCUCAAGUAUUUGGAUCUGUUAUCCAUCAUGGUGCCAGAUCUCCUAAACGAAGUUCUAAAUCUAAUAACCUUAUACCUAACCAAUCUAGUUCAAGUGCCUCGUCUUCUGUGCCCAUGCUUAAGGGUGAUUCUCUAGAAAGUCUAGGAGUAACUGCUAUGUGGAAGUGUGAAUCAUGCACUUUAUUGAAUCCACCAUUAGCCCCAAUAUGUGAGCUUUGCCGCAAAGAAAGGCCCAGAGACAUUGGUACCACGUACAAAUUUUGGUCCUGCAAGUUUUGCACCUUGGAAAACAGUGUGAAAUUGGAUAAAUGCUCAGCAUGUGAUCAAUGGAGAUAUUCACACGGCCCUCCGGUUUUGACUCGAGCUCCCAAUGUUGGCACAUGAGAAGUAAUAUCUCCAUGUGCAUUGUUUCAUCUUAUCCAAGUUGGUAGAUCUUCUUGGUGAAAGUUUGUUGCCGUGUUUGAAGUGAUAUGGAGGCAUUUUCCACUUUUGGUUGCUUGUUGUUUGGUAUUACAAUUGUUGGUUGCUUGCCAGCCCUUCUUGUGAUUAUCUUUUGGAUGCUAUUAAAAUGUUCUAUUGUUUGGUAAGGGAGGGUGGGAGAGCAUUGUAAUCUUGACAUAGUUUAAUCUACUA